AUGUUAUCACGCAUCGCUCGCCGGAAGAACGCUCUCUUCCAUCUGCGCAAGGCCUAUGCCCAACGUACAUUGACAUUUCCCACAUCACUACGGUUACAUUCGCACUCAACAUGGCAAAGUCCUGUUGUGCCUACUCCGGUUACCUCAGCACAGGAACGCCCCCGUCGACCGUCCUUCCAAUCCAGUCGCAAUCUCGCCACGGCAACCGACCAGUCAGCCAUUGGUCAAGCCUCGAUUGACAACCAUCCUUUCUCCUCCCCCUCCGACUACGAUAAAAUCAAGCAAUGGGCUGAUACAAUGUUGCAAAUGCCUACCGAUGAAUUUGAUCCCUCCUCCCUGAUCAUCUUGGACGACUAUCUACAGACUCGACCAAAAACAGUGAGGAAAAUCCAGGGCAUCGGUGGUGAUCAGAGGGAGAUGAUAGCCAACAUGGAUGUCUCCUUGAAGGUUGGCCGGUUCGAUCGAGCUGCUGCUCUGAUCGCCCGUGUGCGUCACUACUUCCCGUUGGGUUCCCCGGAGUAUCUCGCUCUUCAUAACCGUUAUAUGAACGCAAUGGUGUCGCACAUGAUUGUCACUCGACAGCAGCAGAUGAUUUUGCAGUUGCAAAGAUGGUUCGAGAUUGAGAUGCCAAAUGAAGGCGUGCGCCCAGAUGCGACGACUUACUCCAUCAUGAUUCGGAUGGCCUUGCGCAUGUUGUACGGAUCCAAGCGUGAUAGAACGGUGCGGCGGUACUGGCAGCUGGCCAAGAAAGCUGGUAUCGAUGAGGAGGAGAUCGCCGGGGUGGAGAUUCUCUCUGAUCUGGAGUUCGGCGAAUUAUUCGAGAUUUGCCCUUCCGAGUUUCCGAAUUUCCACAAUGCUGAAGCCGAGCAUCCAGCUGCUACCGUUGACAACGUUGCGGAAGUUUUGGCGACCGAGCAAAAGGGCUUGGGAUUGACGUCCUUGAAGGAGUCUCUCUCAUCGUUUUCCAACAAAUCUUUGUCUGCGGACAACGACGCAGACAGAGCAAUAGAACUUGAAGAGAGGCAACGCCAGCUUGAGGCUGAUACUAUCAAGACAGCCUUGAGUCGCUGGCGUAAAGAAUUUGAGGACAGGCAGAAGACCGGCCUGGACGUGAGCGCACGCGGGAAAAGGCUGGGCACAUUGAUGCAUCAGUGGCAAUCCAAUCUCGCGUCGAGGAUUAAAGAGGAGCUGAAGAUGAUCGACAAGGCAGAAAUGACAAAAGUUCCGGCGAAUAAAGAAGAAAAAGAGCGCCAAGACUAUGGUGUCUAUAUGCGAUGCUUGGAUCCCGAUCAACUGGCAGCGCUGACUAUCCUCUCCGUUAUCUCCGUGUUCACUGGAACAGGCAUUCAUGCCGGAGUCAAGCUUUCAUCAAUUGCUUCGAAUAUUGGACAAGAGGUAAAUGCCGAGGUGAUUGCCGAGACGAUUCUCAAAAAACAUGCGACUCAGAGCCCUCGGCGCAAGCAAGCAGUGAAGCAGCUCCUCUCCCGCCGCAAGCAAAGGGAGGGCGCCAUGCGCUGGAAGACGUUGGUGCAUGGACUACAAGCUGAAGAUGAUACCAUCACUUGGCCUUCGGCCGUGACCGUUCGAGUCGGAGCUGCCUUGUUCAGCAUGCUCCAUGAGGUUGCCAAAGUUCCUGUUCCAAGUGAAGACACCCAGACCUUUGGAAAGCAGGUCACCAUGCAUCCUGCUUUCCAACAUUCCUACCAGAUCACAUGGGGAAGACGCCAGGGUCUGAUCCAUAUGAACAAUGAUGUUGUCAGUAUGCUCACAAGAGAGCCGACAGCGGAUUUGCUGGGUCGUCAGCUCCCCAUGCUGUGCAAGCCCAAACCAUGGACAGGUCAAAAAGAAGGAGGAUAUUUCCUCUACGAAAAUAACAUUGUACGAUCGACUCCGGGCGAAACUUUGCAACCUGCCUACGUCAGAGCCGCGUUGGAAAAUAAUGGAAUGGCAGAGAUCCGCGCUGCCUUGGAUGUUCUUGGCAGCACUGGGUGGGCGAUCAAUACAGAAGUCUUCGACGUUAUGCUCGAGGCUUGGAACUCUGGCGAAGCAGUAGGCAAGCUGGCUCCCAUUGAGCCUGACUUACCGAUUCCGCCCAAGCCGGAUCCCAGCGCUGGCUACGAGGCCGAGAAAAAAUGGGAUGCUCAAAUGCGUAUCCUUGAGAAUAAAAGGUCCGGAUACCACUCAGUCCGAUGCUUCCAGAAUUUCCAACUGGAGAUCGCACGUUCCUAUCGCAACGAGACUUUCUAUCUUCCUCACAACCUGGACUUCCGGGGACGCGCCUAUCCGUUGCCUCCUUACCUCAACCAGAUGGGAGCCGAUAAUUCCCGGGCGUUGCUCCUUUUCAGCGAAGCCAAGCCGCUCAGAGCAAGCGGUCUACGAUGGUUGAAGAUUCAGGUUGCAAACUUGGCUGGAUAUGACAAGGCCAGUCUGUCGGAGCGUGAGCAAUUCACCAUGGACCACAUGGAGGAUGUGCUGGACUCGGCCAACAACGGCUUGCAUGGCAAAAAAUGGUGGCUCAAGGCUGAAGAUCCCUGGCAAUGCCUGGCAUCUUGCAUCGAACUGCGCAACGCACUACGCUAUCCCGACCCUACCGAAUACCCCUCACGUCUCCCCAUCCACCAGGAUGGUUCAUGCAACGGACUACAGCACUACGCUGCUCUAGGCGGUGACAUUGUUGGCGCUCAGCAAGUCAACCUCGAGCCUAGCGACCGGCCCUCUGAUGUUUACACCGGAGUCUCCGAAUUUGUCAAGGCGGAAGUCGCUCGGGAGGCAGCCGAAGGUUUCCCAAUUGCACAACUGCUCCACGGCAAAAUCACUCGAAAAGUCGUCAAGCAGACAGUCAUGACCAACGUUUAUGGUGUGACUUUCAUGGGUGCCAUGAAACAAGUUCGCCGGCAACUCAUCGAUCACUACCCUGAAAUGUCGACCCAAGAGCACAAGGAUGGCUCGCUAUAUAUUGCCCGGAAGAUUUUCAACGCUCUAGGGUCCAUGUUCAACGGGGCCCAUGAGAUCCAGUAUUGGCUUGGCGAUUGUGCUGCGCGCGCCACAGUGUCCUUGACCCCUGAGCAGAUUGAGGAACUCAUGAGGGAGGCGAUGGGCCCGACGGGGAACAAUGAAAAGAGGACUUCUCUUGACCCCACCAAAAAGUUCCGAUCCACCGUCGUCUGGACAACCCCGUUAGGCCUGCCCGUGGUCCAGCCUUACCGCACUCGAAAGACCAGGCGCAUCAAAAACUCGUUGCAAGACAUCAACAUCAUUGACGACUUCUCCGACGAUGUCGUGCACAAGCGCAAGCAGCUGCAAGCGUUUCCGCCCAAUUAUAUUCACUCUCUGGACGCUACUCAUAUGAUUCUCUCCGCCAACGCAUGCAACAAGGCUGGCCUCACGUUCUCCGCGGUGCACGAUUCCUUCUGGACGCACGCCAGCGAUGUCGAUGACAUGAACAUCCUUUUGCGAGACGCGUUCGUCCGCUUGCACUCCGACGAUGUGGUCGGUCGACUGGCGGCAGAGUUCGACGUACGGUACGGCAAGAACCUAUAUCUGGCGCGGAUCGACGUCAACAAGCGGGUUGGUUCCGCUGUGCGCCGACACCGUCUGAACGCGCCAAAGCGCCAGAGUCAGCUGACGGAACUGUUUGAGGAGUACCGACGACAGACGCUGCUCCGGUCGCAAGACCCGGAGCAGCAGGCCCAAGGCCGCGCGAUGGUGACACCUGCCAGUAUUUUCGAGGCCAUGGGCGGCUCAGACAAAGACCUCAUCAUGUCCUCCUCGCUCGGUCAGAGCGCCGUCGGCCACGUCCCGGAGAAUAUUGAUACUACCGGGCUUGAUUCGCCCACGCCGCCUUCUCUGAUGGACCCUGAGGACCUCAAUCUUUCCACUGCCGAGGAUCGGAUAGAGUUAAUGUCGAACCCCCAUGUGAACGUGGACGCGGACGCGGAAGCUGCAGAUCAGGAGGCUCCAAAGCCGAAGAAACAAAGGAAUGUCUACACGUGGAUGUGGCUGCCGCUGAAGUUUGCGCCCGUCCCUGCCAAGGGAGCUUGGGACCUGAGUCGCAUCCGUGACAGCAAGUACUUCUUUUCGUGA